GCCCUUGUCUCUUUCCCAGCCUUGCUUGCCCCGUUCCCUUCUCUUUAGGCAGCAGUGGAUGGUGCAGGGGAAAGAGGUGGGAAGGAGGUCCUGGGAGGGAUACUGGUUGUCUCACCCCAAGCCGGGCCUUGCAGUACCUGCAGCUGACUGUGCUGGUUGACCCGGAAUCCACCACGGAAAUUUGACACCUCCGGGCUUGUAAGCAGCUCUCUCCUUCCCUGCUGCUUAUAAACCUCAGCCUUGAGACUCCAGCUCACUCCACCCCAUCUCCUUGCCCGGUCAGCCCUGACAAAGGUCAGCUAGCCCCUUGAGGACAUCAGCUUUGGCCUCAGGGUCCUAAUGGCAGCAGAACCACUGACAGAGCUAGAGGAGUCCAUUGAGACCGUGGUCACCACCUUCUUCACCUUUGCUAGGCAGGAGGGCCGGAAGGAUAGCCUCAGCAUCAACGAGUUCAAGGAGCUGGUUACCCAGCAGUUGCCCCAUCUGCUCGAGGAUGUGGGCUGUCUUGAUGAGAAGAUGAAGAGUUUGGAUGUGAAUCAGGACUCGGAGCUCAAGUUCAAUGAGUACUGGAGACUGAUUGGGGAGCUGGCCAAGGAAAUCAGGAAGAAGAAGGACCUGAAGAUCAGGAAGAAGUAAAGCCGCCUGGCUGGGAUGGGGGUGGGCAGGGCAGGGCUGGUCAGGGCCGAGCAGAACUGCACUCUUCUCAAAUAAAGCUUCAUCCUUGAAACACAAA